AUAACACCAAAUUUCCCAAAAACCCAGCAAUUUCCUCAAAACCUCAACUUAACACAUUCAAACCCAAACAAACCUCGAUCCACAGCGUAGAAAAACUAGAACAAGGAAAAACAGUGUAAUUAAUACUGCAAAAAAAAGGGUUUUAAACUGCUGAGGUUUUAGGAAGAUUACAGAGAAGAUGGUGCAAAAAAAAGCAAGCAAAGCUCCAGAAGAUGCUGAAGAACUUACUCAUGUUCCAUUGCAAGCCAUUCUUUUGGCUGAUAGUUUUGCCACCAAAUUUCGCCCUAUUACCCUCGAACGUCCCAAGGUACUGCUACCCCUGGUUGGCAUUCCGAUGAUAGAUUACUCCUUGGCGUGGCUUGAAUCAGCUGGGGUGGAAGAAGUGUUUGUGUUUUGUUGUGCGCAUUCAAAGCAAGUGAUUCAUUACUUGGAGAAGUCUCAGUGGUUUAAGCAUCCAAACAUGGCUGUGUCAACUAUUGAGUCCCACAAUUCGAUCAGUGCUGGAGAUGCCCUGCGCUUGAUAUAUGAACGCAAUGUGAUACAUGGAGAUUUUGUUCUCAUUACCGGGGACACAGUAAGCAACAUGUCACUUGCGGAGGCACUUCAGGAACACAAAGAAAGAAAGAAGAAAGACAGUAAUGCUGUAAUGACUAUGAUUAUCAAAAAAUCGAAGCCUUCAGCGAUUACUCACCAAUCACGACUUGGCACAGAUGAGCUGUUCAUGGCAAUCAACCCAGACACAAACCAGCUAUUGUAUUACGAGGAUAAAGCAGACCCUGUCCAAGGAACUAUAACACUUGAGAAGUCGUUGCUGGCUGAUAAUUCCUCAGUUUCUUUGCACUAUGAUAUGCAGGACUGCUACAUUGACAUAUGUGCUCCAGAAGUCCUUAGUCUUUUCACAGACAAUUUUGAUUAUCAGCUUCUUCGCCGUGAUUUCCUUAAGGGACUUCUUGUGGAUGACAUUAUGGAUUACAAAAUUUAUACUCAUGAAAUUCGUUCAAAUUAUGCUGCUAAAGUUGAGAAUUUUAGAAGCUAUGAUACCAUCAGCAAAGAUAUAAUUCAAAGAUGGACUUACCCUCUGGUACCAGACAUCCAAUCUUUUGGAAGUUCUGUGAUGAAACUUGGAAGGCAAGGAAUGUACAGCGCUUCAGAUAUAGGUUUAUCGAGUAAUGCACAAAUUGGUCCUUUUACUCUUAUUGGUAAGGGAUCCACUAUUGGCAGCAACAGUAAAGUUUCGAACUCUAUUAUUGGGGAAGGGUGCAAGAUCGGCUCAAAUGUUACAAUACAGGGUUCAUAUAUCUGGAAUAACGUCACCCUUGAAGAUGGCUGCAAACUAAAACAUGCAAUUGUAUGUGAUGGGGCUGUGAUGAAAGCUGGAGCAGUUCUGGAACCUGGUGUCAUUCUGUCAUUUAAGGUGGUUAUUGGGGAAGACUUUGUAGUUCCUGCUUAUUCAAAGGUUUCUUUGUUUGAAGAGCCAACUUCUCAAGAUAGUGAUGAAGAGUUGGAAUAUGCAGACAGAACCAGUGCGAUGGCAGAAAUAACAUCAAUCAGUGCUCCAACUGGGAUGUUAGAUGGGGAAUUGGCAUCCAGAGCAGCUGAGGCUUCUGAGGUUGGUGCUAAUGGUGCUGGCUAUAUCUGGUCAGUUUGUAAAGGACGAGAAGAAGAAGAAUGGAGACAUUCAGUUGCACCGAUUUCUGAAGACAAGCUUGCUGAGAUCUUGCAAGCUGCUCCUAGUGUCGUGGACAUGCCUUCUCUUGGCAGUGGCACCCCUCCGAACUCUGGAGAAUUGGUCCGAGGAAGUAAUCAAUCUGAUAAUUAUGAUAAUGAAGAUAACAUGAUGGACUACUUUGAGAAAGAGGUUGAAGCAACUUUCCAAAGAGCUGUGCAAAUAAAUAUCAAGGAUGAGAAUGUGAUAUUGGAAGUAAAUUCGCUACGCUUGACUUACAAUAUGAGUGCUGCAGACUGUGCUGGAGCUUUAUUUUAUUCAGUGAUGAAGUUGGCUUUAGAAACACCACAUAAUUCCAAUAGCGAACUCUACAAAAAUGUGGCCAAAAUAAUCAAUACUUGGAAGAAGCUUUUAAAGUACUACCUAUCGUCCAUAGAUGAAGAGAUUGAAGUGAUACUGAAGUUUGAAGAAAUAUGCGGCGAGUCUGUAAGAGAAUUGUCUCCUUUAUUUUCUCAGAUCUUACAUCUUCUGUAUUCAUGUGAUAUCAUCCAAGAAGAAGCAAUACUAUCAUGGGAAUCUGAAAAACAGGGAGCCGAUGAAGCAGACAGGGUGUUCUUAAAGCAAGCUGAAUCAUUCAUUGAAUGGCUAAAAAAUGCAUCGGAAGAGGAAUCCGAGGAAGAGGAAUGAGUAGUCGCGAAAUCAUCAAUAAUGGAUUGAUCACUGCAUGGACCAUGAAGCUGACAAAAUGCCGGGAUUUUCUGCAGACAAUCAUGUACUAACUCUGACAUGAAGUCUGUUUGAUAUUCUUGCUACUCCAUAUUGCAAUGAGUUCCUCAUACGAAUGAUUAAACGGCUUAUAGCUUGAAAUGACCCAGAAGUCAUGCCUUUGUAACCUUGCCAUAGUUAACAUGAUCAUCAUCUAAUUGUGGCUGAGCAUGUCAAAAUUUUGAAGUGGGUAAUUGAGUCCAGUUGUAAUGUUUGUUUGGCGAGCAUUAUUGAGAAUUAAUAUAUAUUUUUCUUCAUUUCA